GUGGUCGUGAGAUUUUAUCUGCCGGCCGGCUAAUAAAAUCCACCCCACAAUCGCCGUGUCCCGCUUUAGUGCUUCGCUGUCGCCUCUUCCUGCGUGCUUUAGCUCCUUCUUGGCCGAUCCUUCUGUCUCUCCCUACCCCGGACACCCGGCUUCCCGGUUCUUUUCCUCUCUCCUUUCGCGGUUCAGCAUGCAGGAAAAAGACGCCUCCUCACAAGGUUUCCUGCCUCACUUCCAGCAUUUCGCCACGCAGGCCAUCCAUGUGGGCCAGGAACCAGAGCAAUGGACCUCCAGGGCUGUGGUGCCCCUCAUCUCACUGUCCACCACGUUCAAGCAAGCGGCGCCCGGCCAGCACUCGGGUUUUGAAUACAGCCGUUCUGGAAAUCCCACUAGGAAUUGCCUUGAAAAAGCAGUGGCAGCACUGGAUGGGGCUAAGUACUGUUUGGCCUUUGCUUCAGGUUUAGCAGCCACUGUAACUAUUACCCACCUUUUAAAAGCAGGAGACCAAAUUAUUUGUACGGAUGAUGUGUAUGGAGGUACAAACAGGUACUUCAGGCAGGUGGCAUCUGAAUUUGGAUUAAAGAUUUCUUUUGUUGAUUGUUCCAAAAUCAAAUUACUAGAGGCAGCGAUUACACCAGAAACCAAGCUUGUUUGGAUUGAAACCCCCACGAACCCCAUCCUGAAGAUGAUUGACAUUGAAGCCUGCGCACAUAUUGUCCAUAAGCGUGGAGACAUUAUUUUGGUCGUGGAUAACACCUUUAUGUCGCCGUAUUUCCAGCGCCCUUUGGCUCUGGGAGCUGAUAUUUGUAUGUGUUCUGCAACAAAAUACAUGAAUGGCCACAGUGAUGUUGUAAUGGGCCUGGUGUCUGUUAAUUGUGAAAGACUUCAUAAUAGACUUCGUUUCUUGCAAAAUGCUCUUGGAGCAGUUCCAUCUCCUCUUGAUUGUUACCUCUGCAAUCGAGGUCUGAAGACUCUACAUGUCCGAAUGGAAAAGCAUUUCAAAAAUGGAAUGGCAGUUGCUCAGUUCUUGGAAUCUAAUCCUGGGGUAGAAAAGGUUAUUUAUCCUGGGCUGCCCUCUUAUCCACAGCAUGAGUUGGCGAAGCGUCAGUGUACAGGUUGUACAGGGAUGAUCACCUUUUAUAUUAAGGGCACUCUUCAGCAUGCUGAAAUUUUCCUCAAGAACCUAAAGCUAUUUACUCUGGCUGAGAGUUUGGGAGGAUUCGAAAGUCUUGUUGAGCUUCCGGCAAUCAUGACUCAUGCAUCAGUUCCUAAGAAUGACAGAGAUGUCCUUGGAAUUAGUGACACACUGAUUCGACUCUCUGUGGGCUUAGAGGACGAGAAAGACCUACUGGAAGAUCUAGAUCAAGCUUUGAAGGCAGCACACCCUCCAAGUGGAAGUCACAACUAGUAUUCCAGAGCUGCUAUUAGAAGCUGCUUCCUGUGAAGAUCAAAUCUUCCUGAGUAAUUAAACGGACCAACAAUGAGCCUUUGCAAAUUUUUCAAGUGGAAAUUUUAAGGCACCUCAUUAUCUUUCAUAACUGUAAUCUUCUUAGGGAUCAUCUCUGUUAAAAAGUUUUCUGUAUGUCAUAUUAUAAUUACAGGUCAAUUCUGUUAAUAUCUUUUUGUUAAUUUUGCUUUAUGUUUGCCUCUGAAGGAGGUGAGAUUUUUGCUGCUUUGGGGGAUCAUGUUCUUUUUUCAUGUCUAAGAUUUAUUUUGAUCAUGUUUACAAUAUAAUGGUCAUUCAUUUUUUAUGUUUUGUGAAGAAUUUAAAUUUAAACGAAUGUUCUUAAAUCAAGUGUGAUUUUUUUUGCAUAUCAUUGAAAAGAACAUUAAAAGCAAUGGUUUACACUUA